UGACAGUUGCACAAUCGAAUCACCUUGCGAAAGCGAUGUUUUGAUUGAACUUUGAUUUUUAAAUUAUGUGGCUAAUUAACUUGUCCACUACAGUGUUAGUGACAAGUCAUUUAGAUACUUCCAACCCAAUUUGUAUAUACAAUAAUUUGAAUAAUUGGGUGCAAUUCAUGACAUAACCUUAAAGCUAGAACACAUCCUGUUAUAAUUUUAUGUAAGUUACAUACAAUAAUCGGUGUCGGAAGUUAUUGAAAAUGGAAAACGAAGAGAAAACCGUUAUACGUGUCGGUUCAAGGAAAAGCGAGCUGGCCCUUAUACAAACAAACUUUGUAAUAGACAGCUUGAAGAAAGUACAUCCAGAGAGAGAGUUUACUAUUGUAACCAUGACAACCCUGGGAGACCGUAUUCUAGACGUGUCCCUGCCGAAGAUCGGCGAGAAGUCGCUCUUCACCAAAGACCUAGAGGAUGCCCUCAGGAACAACACGGUGGACUUUGUGGUGCAUUCGUUGAAGGAUCUGCCGACGUCUCUGCCGGAGGGGUUGGCUAUUGGAGCAGUGUUUGAAAGGGAAGAUCCUAGAGAUGCCUUAGUCCUCAGAGAAGACCUGAAAGAGCACACAUUGGAGACCCUGCCAGAAGGCUCCGUCAUUGGCACGUCAUCUCUCCGCCGCACGGCGCAGCUCCGCGGCAAACACCCACAAUUGUGCGUCCGGGAUGUCCGCGGGAACCUUAACACUCGUCUUCGAAAACUGGACGAAAACGGCGAAUACUCGGCGCUGUUGCUGGCCGCCGCUGGGCUGCAACGGAUGGGGUGGAGUAACCGGAUAUCUAAGAUCUUGCCGUGCGCAGAUAUCAAAUACGCGGUAGGGCAAGGCGCUUUAGCUGUCGAGUGUCGCGCCGACAACGAUGCAAUCUUAUCGCUGUUGGCGCCCUUCAACCAUGCCGAGACCUACUGCAGGAUUCUGGCAGAGAGAAGCUUUCUCAAGACACUCGGUGGAGGCUGCAGCGCCCCGGUCGGCGUAUCCACAAGACUGAAGCCGUUCGACGCACAAUUCAGACUUACUAUAUCCGGGGCAGUGUGGAGCCUGGAUGGCAAAACCACCAUAGAACAUUCCCUCGAACAAACCUUCCCACAGAUAAGAAAAACGGUCAAGCACAAACUCAGCCCGGAAGAAACGGAAAAAACCGGUAAAAAACUCAAAACGGAUGUCAGCCACAACCCUAAUCACCCUGAAGAAAUAAACAGAAGAAUAACGGAAAGGGCGGGAAAUUUAAACUGCGAAGACACUAGAAGUUUAGAGGAGAUACUGGCUUUAAAAACGCCUAAGAUUUUUUGUGGGUUAAUAGAAAACUCAAACAUGCCUUUAGAUGUUAUAGAGAAAUGUGAUGAUUUGGGUAAGGAUUUGGCUGAAUCUCUUAUUGCUAAAGGCGCGUUAGAAGUUAUGAAGGUAACGCAGGAUCUUAUUAGAAGCUCUACUGUUGUGAAGUCCUGAUUUUUAGUAAUUUUAUUAAAUGGUCAAUUUGGUUUAGCAAAUUAUUUACAUAGGUUUUUAUUCCAUAGACAUAGAUAUGUGAUAUAUAACCUUAUGUAUAUGUACUAAGGUCGCUAUUAUACUGGCGGAUUUAUGACAAUCACCGACCAAUAGAUAGUGUGUAGAAAAAAUAUAUUGCCUAUUGAAAGUAUCUUUUUUUACACGGUUUUGAAAAACAUGUGUAAUGCAAUAAAUGAUAUGAAUGUCAGACUUUCUAUAUUUUUAUCUCUGUUACUCCAUUGCAAGAUUCAGAGACGGAGUUGCAAAAGCGAGUGAGUUAUAUUGCUUUGAAAUUUUGUUAUUUAUUUGUUAGUUUAUCCAAUCAUGUUGGCGGGUGUGUGACUUUUGUUUGUCAAAUUAUCGAAAACGGAACUUGAAAAUUAUACAUAUACUGUUGUACUUGUUAUUUUAUUAUGAACAAAUAGGUUUAUAUACUUUAUAAUAUACCAGUAUAAUUAGUAGAUUUAUGUGUACUUAUUACACGACUGCCCAAACAAAAA